AUGGUUGGAGUAGCUGGCAAGUCAAGAGGCUGCAAUACCUGUCGAAAAAGAAAGAUUGCAUGUGACCAGCAAAAGCCUGCCUGUGCCAAAUGUAUACGCUCACAGCGAGUAUGUGGCGGGUACGAGAAAGAGAGAGUAUUCGUACUGGUUCAACCAGCAGCUGAAAAAACACAUACCUUUCUCAGACCCCACACCCUAUCUCCACAAGGAACUCCUCAGAUUGAAGCAGUCAAAUCAAAUAUAUUUAGCCCAGCGAGCGUGGUUGGAGUCAAUAAAAUCCCGCAAUCUUUCACCGAAACAAGCCCCCUAAAUGUGAUGAUGAUGCAUAGAAGCAUCGAAAGCCACAACUUGAUCCAAGCCUUCCUAUUGAACUGCUUUCCUUCAAACUGGCCCUCAACUUCACACUCUUGGAUCUCCUUACUUGGAGAGUUACCCACCAAAGUCGAGGCAUUGGAGAUAUCAAGUGCAGCAGUCGCAGCUUCAGCACUAGGAUACAUGUUCAACGACCAAGUUCUAGUCAAACAGAGUCUGACUUACUAUACUUGGGGCCUUCAACUACUACAAAAGGCGUUGCAUGAUCCACGUCUUAUGCGAGAAGAUGGAACCCUGGCGGCGUGCAUGGCACUAAGUCUUUACGAGGCCCUUGAAUGCCCUAACCUGGGAUCCGAAGGCUAUUUCAAUCAUUGUCAUGGUCUCAUCGCUCUGAUUCAAUCUCGCGGCCUUGAUGUUCAUUCUUCGGGCACCGGCAAUCGAUUGUUUCGCGGUGUUCGAGUCCCUGGGAUAUUAUUCGCCUUGAAACACCAUACCUCCACCAUCUUCUCUGAGUCUACCUGGAUGGAACAGCCUUGGAUAGGAAUACAGAAGACACCUCACGACCGGGUAACCGACUGUCUCGCCCAAGCCCCCGUGAUCCUGGAACGGGUGCGAUCAUUACCCCGUCUGAGUUUAAGCCACCAGGUUGAUUUGCUUCAUGAGUUAAUCCGUGAAUGUUGGCAAAUUGACCAAAAACUAGAUGUUGCCUAUGAUCAGAUGCAGCAAUCGGCGUCAGAUGUGCUAUACUGGCAGGUGCCGUCGCAAACAGAUCCUUUACUUCAGUCCGAACAGUUUGAGCCCCUGUUUCCAGUCGUUUUCUGUUUCCAGAACGUCCAGAUGGCUGCAACACUGAUGCUCUUGUGGGCAACACGGACGAUGGUUUGGUCGGGUCUUUCCAAUAUGUACCAGUACUUGGAAGGAAUCAUGCUCUUUGAAAUCCCAAGUAGUAUGUCCCUCGAAUCUGACUCACUCCAAAGUGUGGUUUUGGAACCGUUGGGUGUAUGCAAUCCGCUCGAUCGCUGCGGAGAGUACUUAUCCAUGGCACAUCGAGUCUGCCAAUCCGUGGAAUACUUCUUGAGAGAUGAAAUGCUAUUAGCUGGGCCAUUAUCUGUUAGCCCCGCGCUUGGAAUUGUGGUAGACAGCCUGCGGAAUCGACCUGGUCAUGAUCAAGAAAUUGCAUGGAUACAAGCAGCUCUGGAGGUAGUUCGACGGAAAGGACUUCGCGUUCUGCAACAUGUGAACUUAUAA